AUGGAAAACACAAGGCAGAGUGACAGUACAUCACUCAUAGACGAUGCUCGAGUCUCUCUGGCACUCUUCAUUGCCGAACACCCUAGCCCUCGAAGGGUAUCUCGCAUCGAAGAACGAAAUAUUAUCGAUUGGCUCAACAACCCGGACAGACGACCUACUACGCAAGAAGAAUUCAGUCGCCGUAACUAUGUGCGCAAGAGCUUCGUAUGGGAUGAGCACGAGUCAAAAUUAUUGACAACCGGCAAAAAUGGUUCGGGUCACCUGCGUGUGGUAGUCCUCACAGACGAAAUCGUGGACGUCGUCGAGCGAGUUCACCAGGCCAGCGGGCACUCAGGUUGGGAUGCGACUUGGAACACCAUCAACGAUCUCUACUAUGGAAUUUUAAGACAUGUCGUAUUUGUGCUCAAGAUCCUAGAAAACGGCCCAAGGGCUCAGUUGGUUCUUCAGCCUGGCCUCAAAGGGAUCAGUCAAACCUUGAUUGAUGCCAUCAAGCGCAGGAGAAACAGACUGCAGAUUCCUUACUACCAGAAAGUCAAAUCAGUUCAGAGACAAGCACAUACGCCAAUGAACCAGUCGAAGAAGAAAGCACUGAUGUGA